AUGGAGGAGCAUGAGCGCAUGCAGGACCGUCCGCCGUUCGUGCGAUUGGCCUUCCCCUGCGUCAACCUCCAGUUCUACCCCGGACCCGGCUUCGAGUGGAAGGCCGCCGUCAAGCAACUCCACAGAUGUGUCAGAAAGCUGCUGGCCACGUUUGGACCUGGCGGGGAGGCGUUGGACGUGAAAGCGAAGCCCGCGUCGGCAACCACCACAACCACCACGACAAAGCGCAGGGAAGACAAGAAGGGCAAAGAACGAAGAGAAGAAGACGAAGAAGAAGAAGAAGACGCAGAGAGGAGCGAUCACGAACGACACAAAGAACGAAAGCGAAGGAGAGUAAUCAAAGAGGAGGGGGAGGAGGAAGAAGAGAAAGACGAAGCGGCGGUGGACAGAGAUAAGGCAGUGACGGUGCUGGAGGAGGCCAGGGCCAUGUACGAGGGAGGCAGCUGGGCCGAGCUGAUGGCAUUUCUGCCGAACCUGAGCCAACUCGACGAGGAUUCGGGCCUAGCUGAGGUGAAGCAGCUCAUCGAGCGCAUCGCCCACCUCAUUCCGCGCCACUACGCUCGGCUCUUCCCUCCAGACAAUGGAGCACAGCUUCAGCGGUCCCGGAGAGAGAGCGCAGUUGUGAUGGACGAGCUGGCGCGAUUACACGAGCGGUGCCUGGGCGCGCAUGGUGCUGCCGAAGAGGUCGCGUGCAUGAAGCGGCGGCUGGCGAGGGACAAGAGCGAGCUUGAAGCCCACGUCGCCCAGGUGAUGGGCCUCCUCUUCCCCCAGAAGGGCAGGAGGGCUGGAGACAAGGUGGUUGACGCACGGCAGAUUGCCCUGCUCGAGGAACUCCACCGAAAGGUACGACAAGCUACACCCUUUCUCCUUCUCCAUUCUUCGCCUGCUUCAUUCUUCUUCAACUUUCGUUUGCUUGUGAAUUAUUCGUGA